CUGUUCCCAUUCUUUUUGAGCAAGAUUGCUAUAACUUUGACAAAUACAUUGCUCAUGGGCGACAGGAUCAUGAAGAACUGCUUCCAGAAGAGUCACCUGCAGCGCCUUCAAUUAAUGAAUCGGACCUUAAUAAGCUACUUGAAAUGGGUUUUCCUGAGAACCGAUGCAGAAAAGCAUUGAUUGCUACUGGAAAUAAUGGAGCUGAUAUAGCAAUGAAUUGGUUGUUUGAACAUAUGGAUGAUGCAGAUAUUGAUGCGCCAAUUUCAGGUUCUACAUCCGUAUCUAAUGCACAGGAACCUUCAAAAGACGAUGUCACCAUAUUAAUGACUAUGGGAUUCUCAGAAGCACGAGUUAGGAAAGCUUUAUCGGAGACAAAUAAUGACGUGAAUCGUGCUGCUGACUGGCUCUUCAGCCAUCCUGAGGAUGUGUCUGAGAGUUCGCAAGUUGAUGACAAUAACGUCAUUAACACUUUUGGAGAUUCUACUUUACCUGCUGACUAUCAACUUCAGAGUGUCAUUUCUCACAAAGGUACAUCUGUACACUGCGGUCACUAUGUUGUUCACAUACAUAAGGAUCAAAAGUGGGUUUUAUUCAAUGACAACAAAGUUGCAGAAGAUCCUCAACCUCCUCUUGGAGACGCUUAUGUCUAUAUUUUGAGGAGA